ACCCGCCUCCAGCCUGCGCCCGGUGGUGAGUCUGCGCUCGUGUACGCUUCUAUCCUUUAUUCCACUGGGGAAGCGGGCGAGGGAGGGAGAGAGACAGAACGAGAGAACCGGACCCGAGAAAAGAAGACUAGAAAACUAAUAAAAGAAGACGCUUCACAGAAGAGAGAGGGAACCGGCACAGUGACACAAAUGGCACUCAUGGCGGGGAUUUUGUUCACGGUUGCCUUUCUUGUUUCUGGAAUUUCGACACUUGUUUCUCCGUCUCGGACAUACCCGCCUAAUGAAGUCACGUUAUUGGACUCCAGAGCUGCACAGGGAGAGCUAGGAUGGGUCGCCAACCCAACAGAAGGAGGGUGGGAGGAGGUGAGCAUCAUGGAUGAGAAGAAUGUUCCCAUUCGGACAUACCAGGUGUGUAAUGUUAUGGAGCCAAACCAGAACAAUUGGUUGCGCACAGACUGGAUUCCUCGUAGUGGUGCUCAACGCGUCUACAUCGAGAUCAAGUUCACUCUACGGGACUGCAACAGCCUUCCUGGGCUCAUGGGAACCUGCAAGGAAACCUUCAACCUUUACUACUAUGAGUCCAACAACGACAAAGAGCGCUACAUCCGUGAGAACCAGUUUGGCAAAAUUGAUACAAUUGCCGCUGACGAAAGCUUCACUCAGGUGGACAUCGGCGAUCGCAUCAUGAAGCUUAACACAGAAGUGCGCGAUGUUGGUGCUCUGACUCGGAAGGGCUUCUAUUUGGCCUUCCAGGAUGUGGGAGCAUGCAUUGCACUUGUGUCAGUUAGGGUCUUCUACAAGAAAUGUCCUUUGGCGGUGAGGAACCUGGCCCAGUUUCCCGAUACUAUCACUGGGGCCGAUACCUCCUCGCUUGUGGAAGUUCGUGGAUCAUGCGUGGAUAAUUCAGAGGAGAAAGAGAUUCCAAAAAUGUACUGUGGGGCUGAUGGCGAGUGGUUAGUGCCUAUUGGAAACUGUCUGUGCAACCCUGGCUACGAGGAGCGAAAUACAGACUGCCAAGCUUGUAAAAUUGGUUACUAUCGUGCCCUGGCCACUGAGGGUGCCUGUUCCAAGUGUCCGCUCCAUAGCUACUCUGUCAGAGAGGGUUCCACGUCCUGCGCCUGCGACAAGGGAUAUUACCGUUCCGAAACAGACCCAGCAUCCAUGCCAUGCACUCGGCCUCCAACAGCACCUUUACACCUAAUCUCCAAUGUGAAUGAGACCUCUGUUAACCUUGAGUGGAGCGUGCCAAGGAGUUCAGGGGGGCGCCAGGAUCUCACCUACAACGUAGUGUGUAAACGUUGCGGACCCGAUGGGCGACGCUGUCAACCUUGCGGCAACGCCAUUCACUAUAGCCCCCAACAACUGAGCCUAAAGGGAACUAGAGUGUCCAUCAACGAGCUGCAGGCCCACACUAACUACACCUUCGAAGUGUGGGCGGUAAAUGGCGUCUCGCCGCAGAGCCCCGGGCCAGAACAGGCAGUGUCUGUGACCGUCACCACCAACCAGGCCGCUCCCUCCCCGGUACCAUCUGUCCAAGCAAAGAACAUUACAAGACACACCAUCUCGCUGGUGUGGCAACCUCCAGAGAGGGCCAAUGGAGUGAUCCUUGAAUACGAGGUCAAGUACUAUGAAAAGGACCAGAAUGAAAAAAGCUACAGGAUCAUAAAAACCUCAUCCAGGAACGCAGACAUCAAGGGUCUCACCCCCCUGACUUCUUAUGUGUUCCAUGUGCGUGCACGCACAGCAGCCGGCUACGGUGAAUGCAGUGGCCCCUUUGAGUUCAUGACAAACUCCGUGCCAGCUCCUAUAAUCGGUGAUGGAACAAACUCUACAGUUUUACUGGUGUCUGUGGUCGGCAGUGUGGUUCUCCUACUUCUACUCAUCGGCGCUUUUGUCAUCAGCCGAAGAAGGAGUAAGUACAGUAAGGCCAAGCAGGAGUCAGAUGAAGAGAAGCAUUUACACCAAGGAGUGAGGACAUAUGUUGACCCCUUUACCUAUGAGGACCCAAAUCAAGCUGUUCGCGAGUUUGCUAAAGAGAUUGAUGCAUCCUGCAUUAAGAUUGAGAAAGUUAUUGGUGUCGGGGAGUUUGGUGAGGUCUGCAGUGGUCGUUUGAAAAUGCCUGGCAAGAGAGAGAUCUGUGUGGCCAUUAAGACACUGAAAGCUGGAUACACCGACCAGCAGCGAAGGGACUUCUUGGCUGAAGCCAGCAUCAUGGGACAGUUUGACCAUCCCAACAUCAUCCACCUUGAGGGUGUAGUCACCAAAUGUAAGCCAGUGAUGAUUAUCACGGAGUACAUGGAAAACAGAUCGUUGGAUGCAUUCCUGAGGAAGAAUGAUGGCCACUUCACUGUGAUCCAGCUAGUAGGCAUCCUGCGUGGUAUUGCGUCAGGCAUGAAGUACCUGUCAGACAUGAGCUACGUUCACCGUGACCUGGCAGCUCGCAAUAUCCUGGUCAACUGCAAUUUGGUUUGCAAAGUGUCUGAUUUUGGCAUGUCUCGUGUGCUGGAGGAUGACCCCGAGGCUGCAUACACUACCAAGGGAGGAAAGAUCCCUAUCCGCUGGACGGCUCCGGAGGCUAUUGCUUAUAGGAAGUUCACCUCAUCCAGUGACGUGUGGAGCUAUGGCAUCGUCAUGUGGGAGGUGAUGUCAUAUGGCGAGCGGCCAUACUGGGACAUGAGCAACCAAGAUGUGAUCAAAGCUAUUGAUGAGGGCUAUCGGCUGCCCCCACCAAUGGACUGUCCUGUGGCACUCCACCAGCUCAUGCUGGACUGCUGGCAGAGAGAGAGAGCAGAGAGACCAAAGUUUGGGCAGAUUGUCAACAUGUUGGAUAAACUUAUUCGCAACCCCAACACUUUGAAAAGGACCGGCGGAGACAGUGUUGUCAGGCCCACCACCACCCUGUUGGAGCCCGGUAGCCCCGAAGGGUCCUCGGCAGUAGGCACAGUAGAGGACUGGCUUCAGGCCAUUGGCAUGGAGAAAUACAUCGACAACUUUACAGCUGCCAGUUACACGACUCCAGAGGCGGUAGUCCACAUGACACAAGAGGACCUGACCCGCAUUGGAAUCUCCUCAGCAGCACACCAGAGCAAGAUCCUGACAAGUGUCCAAGGAAUGCUCUCGCAGAUGCAACAGAUCCAAGGCAGAAUGGUUCCUGUCUGAGAGAUUCAAACCAAGAAGGAAAAGGGAGCAAAAUGACUUCAUUUCCUAUUAAAACGAAGAAAAAAAACUACCAUUGAAACGAGACAAGCUAUGAAGAAAUAGUUUACCUCAUCUGUGCACUUUAAAUUUGGUCUGAAAGAAAAAAAAGGAAGAAAAAAGUGGAGACAAUGGCACUUUUUAAAAGAAAAAAAUCAGACCGUUAUUCUGCCCUUUUUUUUAUGUUGUUGUUUUUGAGAAUACGGCUUUUGCGGAUAGAUAGAGGCUGGAAGUGCCUCUGAGAGGCCAAUCUGGAGUGCCUUUAUUCGAUUGAAAGGAAAAGCAAGACAGAUGGGAAACGUUUUGUCCUUCUCAUGGGCAAAGUAUUAUUUUUGGAACUUUCUUUGUGAAAUGAUGCGCAGCACAGAUCUUCUUCCUUCUGGUGACUGUGUUUAUCGUACUUGCAUUGUCUCUGUGGGACUCACAGGCUGCCCCAGCUACCUUUGUUCUGUCUCAGCUGGAUCUGUUUGAUAGCUCACACACAAAAUUGAGGAUCUCAGCUGUCAGAGAAUCCCACUUUUGGCUUUGUCAGGAAGGUGGUGAUGCGGCUACACUCAUUUUGAGGAGAUCUGUGUUGUUCCCCACAGACAUGUUUUUUUGUUUUGUUUUGUUUUUUCCUCAGGAUGUUGCAGAGAAUGUUUUUAAUGCCCUGUCUUCCCAAAAAUGUCCUCCAUCCCAUCUGACAAACACAGAGUAUGGAUCGUACUUUGCUCUCUUAAUCAGAAUCCGAGCCCUGGUGGACUCCACUUCUUGCCACAGAGCUUCCUCACCAUUCCUCGCCAUUCUCAGUGGACAGUUGUUUUGCUGGAUUUAAUUGGGUUUACUCAUACAGCAAGACAAAGGACCAUAUGGCGGGAUUUAAUCAAAAGGAUGUAUGGAACAAAUGCAAUAUGGAUACAUAGUGAAUCGCAAUCUUCACCCUCCACUGAGGAUUACUCAAGCUGUUUUCAAGCUGCUGUCAUUCAUCCUCAGGAUCCUGCCUCCACUUGCCACUUCCAGAAUUCCUUUCUCUUCUCAUUGUCUUCCUCAUCUUCUCCCUGCUGACACUGAGACAAUACUCGUCCCACCAUGGACUUGUGGCCAUCCAGUACUGUACUGGAAUCAUUUGAAUGAUUAGGAGCAUCACAAAAGACUACGUGGUGAAUGUAAUAUAAUCUACAAGUCCUACUCCAGUGGAAGCUGGGCUGUUUUGUUUGGUUUUGUUUUUUUACAAUUCAGGAUUUCUGAUUAAUUGUUUUCUUUGCUUGCAUGUAAAAUAAGAGAAGUCUGAUUUGAAUGUGUGAAUGAAUGCACAAGUUUGUAUGAUGUCCGAUUUGUAUAUCUGAAAAACAUUAACCUUGUCCAUUCUCAAGCCACUGUGCGGUCAUGAUGUACAACCUGUUGCUCCUGUCUUGGUGAUUUUUACUCAGUCACAGUUUUCUGGAUAUCAACCUAUUUCUGCUUUGGCACUGGCAGAGAUUCACAGAUUACAUUUGGAUACAUUAACAGUGACAAGUGUGAAAGACUCCGACUAACGUUUGGAUUCGUGAAACUGGUAAUGAUAAAAUAAAAACAGUCUCUGGAUAUGACAGCGGGACGUCACAUGCAUUACACAACAAUGAGUUAUAGGAGAAGGUGUCGAAGAAGGGAAGAAUGUAAUUAUUCUUUUUGAUUCCAGAAUACAUCAUUAGAGUUACAGGAAUAGUAUAACCGAAUGGAUUCCAUUUGUACUGGUUCCUUUAUUUUCUUAAACUAUACAUAAGUGAAUGUUUUGAACUUCUAUUUUGGGUGACAUUUCACAAAACACCUCCGUCCUUAAUACAGCGCUAAGGCUCAUUCCUCUUGGCAAUGUGUAACUUGGGUUUUAGUGAUCAGAAGAAAAAGGACCUGUUUGGAAAUAUGCAAGACAUGUUGGGAAGGAGACAAGAAUGUACUGUAAAAUAUGUUUUCCCUUUACUUCAAUGUCUGAUAAUUUGGGGGGAAAAAAAUCUGAAAACUGAACAAAAAUAACAGUGAAGUAAAUGUUUGUAAUUGUAUACCUUCCAAUGCCAUAUGAUCUAGUCAUGUAGAUCUAACAUUGAUUUUUUUUUUUUUUUUUUUUGCUUUUUUUUGACAUGAUCAAAUUUGUUUGUUUGUCGAGGAGAUAUAGGUACAUGUAAGUUAUGACAUUUAUUUAUGUCCUUUUAUAUGUAGUUUGUAAAAUAAUAGCCUCAAGUGAAGAAAAUAAAGGGGUGCCACAGCGCACUUAAUACAGUAGAAAUAAGAUGAUCUCUUUGUAUCUUAAUUACUCACAUACACACAAAAUUUUGCCUUACUACGAGUGUGACAAACCUAUUUUUGUUGUGGGCCACAUUACGUUUAUGGUUUCCCUUGACAGACCGUUAUGACGGUCAAACUAUUUAAAAUGGCAGACAUACCAUAGCACAAUACAACACAUUAAUCGGUAGCUUGUUUCGAUGUUCCAGGUCAAGAAAACGGUGCAUUCAAAUUAGGGAUGCGC